AGGAGGGAGGCUGCGGGGCCCUGCCGAGGGUCGGGGCUGCGCUGAGGCCCCCGCCGGGAGGAGCCUGGCCCCCGAGCCCCGUCGCCGCGGCCCCCCGCAGGUUCUCCCCGCGGCUCCCCAUGGCAGCGUGGUCGCGGGAGGCCGUCCUCAGCCUGUACCGGGCUCUGCUGCGCCGGGGCCGGGCGCUGCGCUACACCGACCGCGACUUCUACCGGGCCGCCGUCCGCAGCGAGUUCCGCCGCCACCGCGGGCUGCAGCGGCCGGAGGACAGGGAGCGGCAGCUGGAGAAGGGGCAGGCUUUCCUGCGGAGCGGGCUGGGGGGGCUGCUCUAGGCCUUCUGGAGGCUCCUCCUGCCCCCCCCCCCCCCCCCCCCCCCCGCCCUCUAAUUCCCAAAUUGUGCCCGGCCGAUUAAUGCUUCCUGCCCGCCGCCGUCCUGAAGGAGCCCCGAAGGUGCCUCCGCAGUCCCACCAGGACUCCUGUGCCCUGUACAAAUGCUUUAGGUCACAGGUGAGAUGGCAGGCGCUGGGCAGCGCAAAGGCAAGAAGGACGACAAUGGCAUCGGCACGGCCAUCGACUUCGUGCUGUCCAACGCCCGGCUCGUGCUGGGCGUGGGUGGAGCGGCGAUGCUGGGCAUUGCCACGCUGGCUGUCAAACGGAUGUACGACCGGGCAAUCAGUGCUCCCAGCAGCCCCACCCGCUUGAGCCAGUCAGGGAAGAGGAGCUGGGAAGAGCCCAACUGGCUGGGGUCCUCCUCGCGCUUACUGACCCAGGACAUGAAGACUAACCUCAGCCGCUCCCUGCAGACCCUUCCCACCGCUCCUUCGGCCGCUGACGCAGACUUUUUCCGACCCACAAAGCCCAAGCCAUCUGCCAAGAGGAGUCAAGUGGAGCUGAAAAAAUCCCGCCUUCGUCUGUCUCUGCAAGAAAAGCUCUUCGCCUAUUACCGGAGGAAGGUAGCUAUCCCAGCAGACGAGCAGGCCCGGGCCAAGCAAGCAGCCGUGGACAUCUGUGCCGAGCUGCGCAGCUUCCUCCGUGCCAAGCUGCCGGACAUGCCUCUGCGUGACAUGUACCUCAGUGGCAGCCUGUAUGACGACCUGCAGGUAGUGACAGCUGACCACAUCCAGCUCAUUGUCCCUCUCAUGCUGGAGCAGAACCUAUGGUCGUGCAUCCCCGGGGAGGACACUAUCAUGAACAUUCCUGGCUUCUACUUGGUGCGUCGGGAAAACCCGGAGUACUUUCCCCGUGGGAGCAGCUACUGGGACCGCUGUGUGGUGGGAGGUUACCUUUCCCCCAAAGCUGUAGCAGAGACUUUUGAGAAAGUUGUAGCUGGCUCUAUCAACUGGCCAGCAAUCGGGACUCUCUUGGAUUACGUGAUCCGUCCGGCAGCUCCCCCGGCAGAUUUGACGCUGGAAGUCCAGUACGAUCCCGAACGGCACCUUUUUAUUGACUUCCUACCGUCCCUGACGCUGGGUGACAUCAUCCUCGUGGCCAAACCCCACCGGCUGGCCCAGAAUGACAAUCUGUGGCGACUGAGCCUGCGGCCAGCAGAAACAGCUCGCCUCCGGGCCCUGGACCAGUGCGAUUCUGGCUGCCGUUGCUUGUGCCUGAAGAUCUUCAAAGCGGUCUGCAAGUCGAACCCAGCCCUGGGUCACCUCACCGCCAGCCAGCUCACCAACGUCAUCCUGCACCUAGCCCAGGAGGAGUCCGACUGGUCCCAGGACGUGCUGGCUGAUCGCUUCUUGCAGGCGCUGAAGGGGCUGAUCCGCUACUUGGAGGCGGGCGUCCUCCCCAGCGCCCUGAACCCCAAGGUGAACUUGUUUUCGGAGCUCACCCCGGAAGAAGUGGAUGAAUUGGGCUACACCCUCUACAGCUCUCUCUCAGAGCCAGAGGUCUUGCUGCAGACGUAACGGGGCCUUACCUGGGGAAACAUUGCUAGGGUUUAGCCAAGGUGGACUUGGAUUACUGCGAAACAUGUCUCCUCCACUUCUCUCUCUCUGUCUCCUUUCGGUUCAUUAUUAUUUCCUGCUGUGGAGUUGGUGCUCCCGCUGGAUUUCUUGGUGCUACCGGUCCGUUUCCACCAUCUCUGCCCCAACAGGUACCCAUUGGCUAGGGAAAAGAGGCUGAAACUGCAGCUCUAAGAUCUUUGCAUAAAUUCUACUGAUGCUCAAGCAUCUACAAAAACAAACAAAAAACCAAACACAAUAACUAUGCACUUCUUUCUCCUGUAGUGUGCUUACUGCAGCGAGUCCACUCUGGUCUGAAGAAGGUGGAAGUGGGCUGGUGAAUCCAGUGACAACUUUAGCAGACUUGCACUGAGGUUUCCUUUCCUCCAGCCUGAUUUUGUCCUCACGUUUUUUUUCUUUGCUGUACCACACUGUCUCACUUUUCCUCCUCUUUUUUUUUUUUUUUAUUUUUUUUGGUCACUUCGACCCAGUCAUGCAGGGCAGGCUGAAUGAGAUGUUCUAGUUAGGGCUGCGUGUUGUGUUUCUGAUUGAAAUAAUGAUUACACUGACAGUAUUUAGUGCUCUGGCCCUUGGAAGAGGGGAAUGCCUGUGGCUCCUGCCCCUACAAAACCUUCUCAUCCUUUGUGAUCUGGGUGCGGGAGUAAGGCCUGAGGCUUGUCCAGUCUGCUGCAACAACCUCCAGUGCAGGCACUUCUCACUGAUGCUGUCGCAGAGGAGGGAGAAGCUUUUGUGGUCUGGCUGUGCGAGGAAGCCAAAGGAGCAGGGCUUGCCAUUCCUGCUCAGCCAGAUCUGCUGGGUGGUGCCGGUGGGAAUGGCCCUGGGAGUGGAAAAAGGACAGCUCCUCGGGUGUCUGUGGCCUAAAGGAAGAGAGGCUCCUUACGGGGGAGGGCUGGGAGAUGCACGUGAGAACAGGGACUUCUCAUCUUUUCCCUGGGAGCUUGUCCUGGUUUAUAGGAGGUGGAAGCAGGACUGCGUGCCUCACACGGUUUUGUAAUGAGCACGUGUAAGCCAGGUUCUGCAAGCCGGUGAAGCCGAUAGGACUAAACUGGUGUCACCAGAAGGGUUCUGUUCCGUGUGCUGGUAUGAGCAGACGUGUGCAGAGUUGGCAUUUAGAGAGGAGCUGGCUUGGCAAUCUGCUCUCCCUGUGUUUCAGUCCUUCCCUGUCACCCCAGAACUGAGGCCGCCUUCCCCCUUCCUCGUUCCCAUGUGCUGACUCUCCAGUGUUCCCAGUUUGCAAUUACUGCUGGAAAGCUGGUGACACCUUCCCAUUCUGUCUGUCUGUACCUGUCGGCCGUGCAGUUCUGCCCACACCUGUCCACCGCUGCUACCAGGCCGUUCUCCCUUGGCUGUCCUCUCACCUGCUGCUGGACCAUGGUGUGGAUUUUGGGGUACUUUUGGUAUCUCCUGCACUAGCCACGUGGACUCUUGAUGCUGCUUUCAGCCUUUUGGCCUGCUGUCUUCAAAAAGGGGGAGGGAGGGUGUCCGGCUGGGGCUGUGGGCAUCCCAAAUGGUAAUCUCAGCCAUUGUUACAGAAACAUCCCUGCUUUUCCCCAGCUUCAGCAGCUUUUUCCUCUUGCUGUCCAGCCUCCCUAGCCAAGAGAGGCCAAGUUUGGAGGGAGCAAGUAUCCUUUUCUCUUCCGUUCCUCUCAAGACUCAAUCCCCUUUGCCAGGGAAGUUUCAAGGUGAGUUUCAGGAGUGGAGCCACAGAGGGGAGUCUUUAGCCGUUGUUUUCUUUUCAGAGGCAGUGCUGGUGAGAUGAGGGUGGGAGCAUCUUUCUCGGACAAUCCGUCCAUUUUAGCCGACGUGUCAGAUAGUGUUCCGGAUACAGUGAUAACACGACGUUACAUUUUAAAUUAUUUAAUCCUUAGCGUACUGGUACUUUCUAGACUGCCAGAUGCAUACUUCAAAGUGCGUGUGUGUGUAUACAAAGUCUGUAGUGUAUAAAAGGUUAACAGGAAUUCCGUUUGUAUGAUUUUGUGUUCUGUAAGUUUUGCAGCAGUCACUGUUGGUCAGUUGUUGAUUGCUCUUCACUCUGGUUCCCGUAUUUUUUUCCCCUCUUCCUUUCCCUGCCCUCCACUGCCUUUCUGAUGUCAGCCUUCCUACCCUAAAAGCAGACAGAUGAGACUUGGAGCCCACGGGCUACUUGGGGAAAUUCCCCUUUCUCCUAAUUACUUGAAGGUCAACGAAAAUAUUAAAAUCUCGGGGUUGUCAGGAGUUCCCCUUAGGUUCACUUCCUCAGUGUGAUCUCACCCCUCACUUGGUGCUGACUCCAGUGCUGUGGUCUUCAUACAGGGUUGAGUAGCAGCAUGGUUUGGAAUGCUCAAAACUGUAGAUACAAAAAAAAAAAGGAGAGAAAUAAGCAGAAGGAAGCCACUGUCUUGAGCUGGCUUAAGCACAGUUGCCCCAUACAUACCUGUUUAUAGAAUUUUUUUACAUGAAUGCUUUUCCUUCUUCCUGGCAACCUAAUGAAUUAAUAUUUUAUGGCCAUUACUUGCUGCUAUUGAGCUCAGUUUGUGUAUCAAAUGGAGACUGAAGCUGCCUUUUUGCCUUUUCUGUAGACUUUGCUCCAUUUCACUUGAAUCACUACUUCCCUUUGGGUUUUUCCCCCCUCUGAGCUAGCCACAAGCCCGUUGUUCUCGGGAGGUGAACGCUCCCCUCCUACAGGCAGCCACCACAGGGGGCAAUAGCUGCUGUGGCAGUCUCAGCAAAGGCCAAAGACGUCAUGGGUCGCAGGGACACUGCAACCAGGAGUGUUGCCAGAGCAGGGGCAGGCACAAGGGGCGGCAGAGGCAGGGAAGAAGGAGCAGGGCAGCUAUGCAAGCAAUUUACACUAAUGCUGCACCCAGCUUGUGGACAAAGGGACGUUGCGGAGCCUUUGGAGCUGGCACCUUUCAGUAUUAAAUGCAGUACGCAGGCUGACAUACAGCCACGAGGGCUGUCUUAGAGGUGGGUUCCUGUCUAGUCGGAGCUGUAGCACAGAGCAGGAGGACCUGAAGACGAAUGUGAAUAGGGCAGCUCCUGGCCACCUUCCUGGCAGGGCAGCUCGGAGACAAAUUGAUUGUAAGAGGCCCAGGGCGUGCGUUGCCUGCUCGCUGCCCGGGCUCCUAGAAUGCUGUGGUGUGUUCUGGUGUAACUUAACUCACACGAGCUUUCCAUGAGACCGUCAUCUUGUUCCCUGUAACUGCAGGGCGAGGACCAACUCGCUCAGCAGUGGGUUUUUGCCGCUGCCGAGCUCCACCGCUAAUCCUUUGACUCAGAUUGAUUUCUUUUCAAGUGUUCAAAAGCAGUUACGGCACCAAGAGGCUGCUUUCUGCCUCCUGGCAGGCCGCCCUCACGGCCCUCGCUCGUAGCAUGUGGGUACCUGCAGUGUGAAGUGAAGAGAUGACGCCCCAUCUCUCCCAGGCCUGGAGGCUGUGGAUCUGUAAAGGGGAAAGUCUCAAGUGCAUGGUCUGUGACAAGAGUGCGUGAAAUUCUGAAAUAAAAUGACUUUCCACGGU